CUCUUACUGAGUGAUCGUCCACCCUACCAGCCGGCCAGACCUUGGAGAAAUUUCCACAGUGAGCGUCCUCCAUCUUUUACAGGAUGAAACUUCUCAACUACCCUGUCCCGGAGCUGAAUGUUACUUUGCAAGAAGUGAGCCGUGUUCUGCAGCUCACUCUUAGCCCUGAUCUUUACUCAGAGUUCAAAACUACUCUGGAAGAGCAGAGGGAAGUCCUCGAAGAGGCCCAGCAAAAAAUAACAACCGUUGCUGCAGGCCAAGAGAAUUGGGUGACACAGCAGUUCAAGAGAGGUUUGCUGUCUUGUGCUGACCCCCUGCCCACCUCAACAGCCCUCCCAGAUGUUCUUCUUCCAUCUAAAGGAAAGGGAUUUACCCAGCUGGGGAGGGCAGCGGCUCUGCUCUGGGCAGCAGCAAAGCUGUACAGUGAGCCCCACUUACUGGAGGGCGAUGUUCCCAUGGAGCACACUCAGCAGUCGGAAGUAUUCGCUGCCAGCCGUAUUCCUGGCAAGAGUCAGGAUGAAAUUAAGGUCUACCAAGACAGCCUCCAUGCAAUCAUCAUCUGUGCUGGAGGAGUGUUUCCUGUUGACAUACUCUGGCGUCCCAGCACUGGUGGACCAGUUUCUGCACGGUCAUUUUUGGAUAUCUACAACCAGCUGACUCAGGUGAUGGGCCAGCCCAGAGCUGAAAAACUGAAUGAUCCUUCUGUCAUCUGCAACCUCUCAGCUUUGGAGCGCAAAUCCUGGGCCGCCAUCAGGGAAGAGAUCCUAAAGCAAGGAGGAGAAGCAAUGACAUCGCUGCAGGUGAUGGAGAGCGCUGUGCUAGCUCUCUGUCUGGAAGACUGUAACCCUCCUUCUGAACUAGCUGACAUCCUCAAUGCAGUGAGACUGGGAGGAGGAGGAGACAGCCCAUGUCUGAGAUACUAUGACAAGGUAUUGAACCUGGUGGUGUUCAAAGACAGCAAAGCUGGGAUGCUGUUCGAUCACAACUGUUGA